AUGGAAGACUACUACAAGCCUCAAAAUGACCAGGGAUCUAGUUUGGACGAGCAGCAACUACCUACGAAGCCUUUUCCAAGUUCCUCCCACGAGCAAAUGCCAAUGACAGUGUUGGCGAGUCACACACAGCCACCAACUUCACCCGAAAAGAUGGCAAGCAAAGGCCCAAGUACUGACUACAUUGAGAAGGCUGCAGAUGCACCAUGUUUCGAGAUGAAAGAGUCUACUUUGGGUACAAGUGAACUACUGACUAUGGAAUCACAGGAAGCAGCCAAGCUCGAAGAAAACCGUCGAAGUUCCAAAGAGGUGCAACAGCUGGCAGACAAGUCACUUGUAUUGAAGGUACCACUUGAAUUCAAAACAGAAAGACUCGAAGGACAUGCGAAAUCUACAAGAGUUGAAGGCGAAGCACUUGAAGUGCUUGCGAACGGUCUCAAGGCAGAUAAGAUGCUACGAAAUAUGGAAUAUGCGAAGACGAAGGUUAUUGCGAAGAAGAUCAAGAUCGAGAAGCCAUCGAGGCUUGUCGCACGAAGGAAGCAGCCAGAAGAAUUUUUGCCAGUCGAAAUGUUGAAGCACACAGCGAGGAUAGACGACCUCGUGCUCGAAAUAUUCCACAACCGCGCGGUGCCAGCAAUACAUGUUUUAUUCAGGAAUCCGUCGAGAGUAUCGACGCGUGCGCCCAGCAUCAGUGGGACUUCUGCAGAAGUCGCGACAAUGCUUAGUAAGCAGUGGUGCGCGCCCGCUCAACGUGUCAAGGCUGCGUGCGCACAAGUACUACGUACUGACGAGAUUCGCAUUACAGGUCAGCUACGCAGGAUCGCCAUAAUCGAGCGGCACGACGAAUGGGGUGGACAGGGUAGCAUACAGAAGCUACAGCCGUUAUGGGUGGCAACAACAGCCACAGGAGCGACAACGACAAGACUUGACGCAGAUCGACAGCUGCGCAAGGCCAUAAUGGCCAUUCGAUGGAGGCGAAGCGCAACGGACGCAGAUGCAGAGCUCGAUAGCUCGAGGUUUCAGUUUGACCCCAUACUGCCCUAUACUGAGGAAGGAGCAGUCAAUCCCAUUCUCCCUCAUCACACUCCAAUGCCUUUGGUUGAGGAAGUCACUGUGGUCAAUGAGAUGCUCAAUCCUGAGCUCAUUCUUGCAGUUGUUCCUGAUGACUUCGUGGAGUUUGAUCUCAUUUAA